UGAGGGGCAGCUAUAAAAAUGGUCCUUAUACAAAAUUAAUGUAAUUUUGCACAUUUGGAGAGCAUAAGAAACAUUGAGAAGCAUGUGCGAAUAUGUUGAGACUUUGGGACAGGGACAAGGACAGGAACAGGAACGCGUCCUAUGAAGUAAAUUCCAUUGUUCGAAGGUAACGACAGGUAACGGUAGUAGAUACCUCCGCGCCAAUCGUGUAUCAGUAGAUUCGGUUGAUCCGGGCGAACCCUCGUUGCACGUUGAUUGGUGCACUGGAACGAGCACCUUUUGCUAUAUAACAGGGCCACUUUCCUCGUGAAAUCAUUUGAAAUCAUUCCACAAUCGUCGAUUGAACAAAUUGUUUCGUACAAGUGGUCACUUUCGAAAAGUGCUGCGACCAUCGUCAUGCCGCCAAAAGUUAGCGGUAAAGCUGUGAAGAAGGCCGGAAAGGCUCAGAAAAAUAUCAGCAAGGCCGAUAAGAAGAAGAAAAGGAAGAGGAAGGAGAGCUACGCGAUUUACAUUUAUAAAGUUCUUAAGCAAGUGCACCCCGAUACUGGUGUAUCUAGCAAAGCGAUGAGCAUCAUGAAUAGUUUCGUGAACGAUGUCUUUGAACGUAUCGCAGCGGAAGCCUCAAGACUGGCCCAUUACAACAAACGUUCGACCAUCACGUCUCGGGAAAUUCAAACCGCUGUAAGACUACUUUUGCCUGGUGAAUUAGCCAAGCACGCAGUUAGCGAGGGCACCAAGGCAGUUACAAAAUACACCAGCUCGAAAUAAGCGAAGGUAACUCGCUACUUGCUAUCUUAAAACAAACGGUCCUUUUUAGGACCAACAAAUAUAUAAAUACGUUGGGAACAUAUCUAUUCGAACAUUUACUAAAAAUUAAAAUCUGUUUCAUCGUUUGUACUGGCUGAUCCUCUCGCUUGUAAACCCGAAAGAAAGUGCCGCCACAAUAGAAUAAAGUAGCCGAGGUCCUUUUUAUGUCAUCGCUAGUUCGACGACCGAUGACUCCCGCAGCGAAGACGGUUAUAUGCGGUUGUAUGCGUUUAAACGGGACGGUUUGUCUCAUUAUACACAUUAUCACGCAUCAGCCGCCUUCGCUGGGGGGCUCACCGUCCUCGAACUAGCGGUGACAUAAAAAAUCACCUCGGUUACUUUUUUCUAUUGUAGCGGCACUUCCUUUCGGGUCUACUAGCGAGAG